CUGUGGAGAGAGUCCAGAAGCCAGACCUUGGUGUGGACCUGGUAGAGGAAAGCUGAGCUCUCCAAGAAUGGCUAGUAUGAGUUCAUGAAGGAUAUCUUGGGAAGGGAUUGGGGAUUUCCUAUUUCAUAACCUGGAAGGAACUGUGCAGAUCACAGCCUGUGUGUGAAGGGAUUCCAUAGCUUGGACAAUCCAUCCUUCUGGGAGACUUGUACUCAUUGCAUUGGCACCAUUUUGUUCCUGAGUCCUCUUCUGUCAGCUCAUCAAAACAGAGACCUCAGGCCUUGUUGGCCAGCAAGGUCUUUUAAGAACUUGUGGCGUGGGAGGUAUAAAGCCAUUCUACUCUCAUACAGUAGACUUUAAGAAAGGACCUGUCUUUGGACUGCUGGGAAUAUGUCAGCCUUGCUGCAAGCCACGGAUGGGAACUCCGAAGGGAUACAGCCAAGAGCUCUGGCAGGGACACCCAGUACUGAGAGUGGAGGAGAGACCGGUGAGAUUUCUCAGUGCAAAUCUUCUGACUCCAGCUGCGAGGAUGAAGUGAACCUGGGUAAAAAGAAACCACGUCGGCAGAGGACUCAUUUCACCAGCCAGCAGCUACAGGAACUGGAGGCCACUUUCCAACGGAAUCGCUAUCCAGACAUGAGCACCAGGGAGGAGAUUGCAGGCUGGACCAACCUGACAGAGCCCAGGAUCAGGGUUUGGUUUAAAAACCGUAGAGCCAAGUGGCGGAAAAAGGAGCGGCAUCAGCAGACAGAACUAUGCAAAGGGGCUUUUGGCUCGCCACUCAAUGCCUUGUCUGGAAAUUCUUACGAGGACCUCUACCCAAGCUACACCUACAAUAACUGGACCCCAAAAGGGCUGCAUACCACCACCCCCAUCCAUGGCAAGGGGUUCCAGAUCUUCAACUCUAUGAAUCUCAAUUCCUUUCCAAGCCCCACAGUCUUCUCUGCAGCUGCAGCGGCAUCCAUGUCUGGCAUGCCAUCUCUGGAAACCUUUAAUAACAUGACAAGUUCUCCUGGGCCUCCCGUUUCAACAUAUGGACCAGGUGCUCCUUCACCGUACAUGUACAGGGACCCCUGCAACCCAAACCUAGCUGGUCUGAGACUCAGAGCAAAGCAGACACAGCCUCCCCUAGGCUAUGGGAUCCCACAAAGUCCAAUUAUAAGCCCCAGCUCCAGCCACUAUAAUCUGGACAGGCCAGUGUGAUAUUGUGGCCAGAAGCAUGGAGGGAUGAAUGGAUUUUUGUCUCCUUAGAACUCAUUGCAGACAGAUCUCGAAGAUACAUUUGCCACUGCAAACCCUGUGUGGAGAGUGAAUGGGAUUCACCAGGUGUGGACAGAAGACCUCCUUUGGCCUGCUCUGUUUUGAGGAUUCAUAACUUUCCUCUAAAUUGCCUUGACAUAGACACCUUUCAGUGAGCUGGUGCUUUCUCUAAGGCCUCAGAAUCUGGGCAUGGCUGAAGCCCACAAAAAGCCAAUGUAAUCUGGAUUUAAUUCAAAUUACAUUUGUUUGAGAUGUCCUAAGUGUUUCUCUUGAUUUAGCUCGGGGCCAUUAAAGAUGGUGGGAUGGGAGGUCCGGUGCCAAUUGUCUGAAGACUAAAGUAAGCCCAUUCAUUAUGACCAAAAGAAACAAGCAGAACGACGAGGAGGAAACAACGAAGGACUGCAAAGAGCAGUGAGAGAAGGGAGCAGGUGUGACAAAGAAAAAUCAAGGGCAUUCCUGUCAGUUUUAUCACACUAUUGAGUUACAUGGGAUUAGGGCAAUCAUUUCUAAAAUAUGUGCCACCAGAGAGCUGUUGGUGUGCUGUGAGAAAUAAUGAAAAAAAAUAACAUUUCUUGUGAUCCCAAAGUAGAGGCUGCCCGCUGCAUCUCUGCUUGAUAUACUGCUCUGGCUUCUCUUCCUUCCAAAUGCCUGUUGAGAACAGCUAACUCUGCUGUUUCUCUGCACUGGGUUUGAUUGGAUCAGCUAGUCACCCCUGAUGCAGAAACAGAGAAUCACCAGCCCUCAUAGGAGACAUACUCAGGUCCCUGCCACACGGCAGGGAAAACA